AUGGAAGUUUCAACUGCUGCAAAUCAAACUGAAAAUAAUGCUGAUAAAGCAACCUAAGUUUAAAAGAAACCAUUAAAUAGUGCCUCUUUUGAAGAAUUCUAAAAGAUAGACAUUCGUGUAGGCAAAAUUGUUGAAUGUAAAAUCCAUCCAAGCAGCGACUAUCUUUAUUGCUUAAAAGUUGAUAUAGGUACUGAAGUUAGAGACAUAGGCUCUGGCUUAUAGUAGUAUAUUCCUAUUGAUUAAGUAAAUGGAUUAGUUUGUGUUAUGGCUAAUCUUAAACCAAGAAAAUUGGGAGGGUUUGACUCUAAUGGUAUGAUUCUUUGCACAAAUAUUGACACAAAAGCCUUCGAAUUUUUAAGACCUCAUGAGAACUCAGUUGUUGGUGAAAGAAUCUUUUUAGAAGGUUAGCAAGAAAGUUUUAAAUAAGAAUUAGAACCACAAUUAAAUCAAAAAAAGAAAAUAUUAGAAAGAGCAUUAUUAGAAACAAAAACAGAUGAUGAGUGUGUAGCUACUUUUAAAAAUGUAAAAUGGAUGACCAAAUCUGGGUAUGUUAAAGCAAAAUCAUUUAAGAAUAGUCCUAUUGAUUGA